GAGAAGUUGCUAUGCUGUUGGAAAUCUGGCGAUCGAUGAGAACAAGCAGAUUGACUCCUACUCAUCCACAAGCCUCGCAUGCAAUGCUACCAGAAUCUCCUGCUAUCAAAGACCUGCUUCGUCAUGAAGUUCAGCUUCUGCUUUUAAACAUUCAAAACAAAGCGCAUAAAGAGGGCAGAAAUGAGAGUGAUGCUCUUUCAUCAUACAAUCCUGACAUUGUCAGUUUUGCACUUGGACAUAAUAAAGUUGCAAAUGUGCUAAAUUCACCUGUAAAUGCAGAGAGUAUGAAAGACAAAUGGAUUGUACUGAAAAGCUCUCAAACAAACAGCAACUGUGAAAUUGAAAGUUUUUCAUGUCUUUCCCACUUAAAGGAUAAUGUGGAAGCCAUAAAGGACAAGUUUAAUGUUACAAAUAUUGAUGAAAUUGUUGCACAUUUACAAUCUAUUUUACAAGAAGAAUCUAAAAUGUUAGACAGAUAUAUUCAAUUCUUGCAGGAGAGUUUAGAAGAAGAACAUAAUUGCAGCUUCAACCCUCCGGUGCAUAAUCCAGUGCCAUCAAUUGCAGAACUGCGAAAGGAACGGAAAAUACUCGAACGGGAUCUCCAGCUGGCACCAGUAUCAAUACAAAUACAGGUUCACAAACCACCGGGGUGCAGACCCACCCAUAGAUCCAGCAGGAAAACAGCACGAUUGAACAAUCCAGCAGUCAGCCCAUCAGAAGAAAGUAAUUCCUCAACAGCAACAUGUGGUCAUUCAGAACCAGAUCUAGAGCAGAAGAUGAAACAACACAAUAUAUCACCUUUGGGUGAAUACAGUGCUAUUGGAACUAGAGACAGUCGUACAAAAUUGAAAUAUUCUGGAAUACUUGCUGCAUCAUCUCAGAGAACCUCUUGCAAAGCUGUGGACCUAUCAAUACCCACCUCCCAUGGCAAGGAAGCAUUAAACGGAAAUGUAUCCAAAUGUCAUACGGCUUGUCGUGAGGUAAAAACGCAUGGUAACAUUCAAUCACCAAAAAUGGAUGACAAGCCAAGGACUUUAAGUGUAAACAAAAUAGAGUCUGCAUGCUUUAGAACCUCUGUAGAAGAAUCACCAUCAUUACAAGAGGAACGUCAAGGGGCAUUGGUGUAUUCCCAGUCAACCAAUGAUUUCCCAACUGGACAGCUGUCAAUUGCUUCUUCCACCCAGAUUGGAGUUCAGCGCACCACAGAAAAUAACAGGACUGUGUUAUCAAGUUUGAAAAGCCCUGUUGAAAUCUUUACUUCAAUGCCUAAACAUGAUGGCUAUGUUCUUAAUCCAACCCCACCCACCACUGAGAAGCCCAUAGGUACUCAGGGAAAGUCCACAAACAGAUUGAGAAGAGCCCGCAUAGACAACCUUACUGGCCACACAUAGAAAGUGGCCUGUCUCCAGUGAACUAGCUGUGGUUUAGAAUUGUGGUUUGAUUUAAAAUAACCAAUUUGUUAAUUACAAUUCAAAAAAUAAAUCUUAAGUUAUAGUUAAAGAUCCUAAGAUUAUGGCAUAUUGAUUAAUUUAUUUCCAUCCUGCUACCUCAUAUUUUGCAUUAUCUUGCAUGCUAAGUAAAAAAUAAAAAAAAUAUGCUAAAU